UAUUCUCAACAAUUAAUCAACAAUUAACCAGAAUCUCCUGUUCAUGUUUUCCCAAUGAAAAUUAAUAUUACCACUUAUUGUUUUUUUCUUUGCAUAAAUUUUCUGUUUUCACCAGUAAUCAUUUCUAAUUCACAAUGAAUGAUUUACUAACAAUUAUAUUCUCGUACAUUUUAAUUGCUGCUUUUUCAAUAACAUCAGUAAGAGGUUCGGCCAGUUUUCGACAGGCUGAGAAAAAGAUUCUCGAUAAAAUAAUCGGCAAAGGAGUUUACGAUCCAAGGAUAAGACCUUCGGGGGCAAAUGCCACAUUCGACGGUGAUGAACCUUGCAUAGUUAAAGUGAAUAUAUUCAUCAGAAGUAUAUCUCGAAUCGAUGAUGUUACAAUGGAAUAUGCUACUCAGAUAACAUUCAGAGAGGAAUGGAGAGACAGUCGACUUGUAUUCGAUGACAUGGGAGGAAGGAUUCGAUUCUUGGUUCUAACUGACCCAGAGAAAUUAUGGAAACCCGAUUUGUUUUUUUCCAAUGAGAAAUAUGGUCAUUUCCAUGAUAUUAUCAUGCCUAAUGUUUUAUUAAGAAUAUUUCCCAAUGGCGAUAUCCUCUAUUCCAUUCGUAUCUCUUUAAACCUCUUCUGUCCAAUGGACCUUAAAUAUUUUCCAUUAGAUAUACAAAAUUGUUCCAUUCGAAUGGCCAGUUAUGGUUAUACAACCGAGGAUUUGGUUUUCCUGUGGAGAGCCGGUGAUCCAGUUCAGAUCACCAAGUCACUUCAUCUUCCAAGAUUUACCUUGAUGAAAUAUCUGACCAGUUAUUGUACAAGUAAAACAAAUACUGGGGAAUAUAGUUGCCUCAAAGUGGAAUUAGUUUUUAAACGUGAAUUUAGUUACUAUCUAUUCUUAAUCUAUGUUCCCUGUUGUAUGUUGGUCAUCGUCUCUUGGGUCUCUUUUUGGAUUGACCCAAACUCUGCCGCUGCUCGAGUCCUUCUCGGUGUAACAUCUUUACUCACAAUGUCCCGACAAAUCUCUGGUAUUAACGCUUCUCUACCACCGGUCAGUUAUACCAAAGCGGUGGAUGUUUGGACAGGAUGUUGUUUAAUCUUUGUCUUUGGUGCUCUCAUUGAAUUUGCGAUAGUAAAUUAUGUUUCUCGAACUGAUGCCGUUAAAGCGGGUAAACAAAGGCUACGUCGGAAUCAGGGGAUUGUCGGUGCUCGAAAAAAGUUUGACACAGCUAAAGAUUCGGGUAUUGAAUCGUCCGAUGUUGAAGAUGGUCCCAUUGGGUAUGCUAAAGCUCUAGGGUCAACUAAAUUGCCCCGAAAAAGGCCACCGAAAGGAAAUUUCUUCUCAAGUUGGUUAUCAAGAUUCACGACAAGAUCCAAGAAAAUCGAUGUCACCUCACGAAUUGUGUUCCCAUUUCUAUUUGCCAUUUUCAAUGCCUUUUAUUGGACAAAGUAUCUUCUCAGAGAUGAGCUAAUGGGAUUAUGAUUUCAAAUUCACCGAAAGAAAAGUUCAUCAUGUGUAUUCAUCAUUCAUUCCUGAUCAAUCCGAUUAACUGAUUAACUAGGGUAACAGGAUUAACCAAACAAUUAAAGCAAAGUUUUUCUUGUUUCACUUUCGCUUCCAAAUUCACUCAACAAUAAUCAAACUGAAAUGAUCACAAACCAUUCUAAUCAUCAGCUGAUCAAUCAUUCUUGAUUCAUUUUCACUUAAACUGUCAUAGCAAGUGAACCUUAGUGAACAAACAAACAAACAAACAACAAAUUCUGAUUCUAAUUGUCACACCAAUUAGAACCUUAAAUCAACUGAUUAAUAAGUAUUAACAUAGUCCAUAGUAAAUGCCUUCUCCAAUUGUCUCUUCUGUUAUAAUCUCACCAGUUGAUUUAGUUGAUUUAAUGAUCAUGUUAACUUUUACCUAUUGGAAAAACCUUGACUAGUUAACUAACUACACAAGUUAAUAAUCCAACAAUUAACCUUUAAUUAACACCUACAAUCGUCUUUCCUUCAACCUCAAUAAUCAGGAAACUUAGAGAAACAAAAAUCAUUUAGAUUAAUAUAAAUUUCUGUUUACAAUUUUCUGUUAAUGUCUUAAUUUCCUUAAUCACUAUUAACUUAUUAACUGUUUAUAUUAACAUGGAUCAAUAAUAACUUUCUAAUUAUAAACAAAUUAACAUGGUUGUGAAUAUAAACAUGGUUACCAUCCGUCAUCAUCAUCAAUUACAUGAUUAACUUAAUCAUCUUCAUCUUUUUUUUCAAUCUAUACAUUAAAUUGUUAAUUUCCUUGGUAAACCUCAAUGGAAUCAAUAAUAACAAUAAUAUUAGCCAACAAUUAAUACAGAGAGAGGAACAAUUAAUUUGACAAUUUGUUGUUCUCAGUUAAUCACCAAUGUAUCACUAGAAAGAUGAUUAAACUAAUUAUGUAAUUAACUUAAUUACCUUUUCUCUCAUGUCCCCUAACAUCCUAAAUAUUAACCCAUUCAAUUGUAAAAUAUUUACUUUAAUUGUCAGUUAAUUGUAUUAGAUGUAAAGUUAAUUUAUCAAUCAAUUUAUUGAGUUUUAAUCAUAUAUAAUCAAUUAACAUUUUAAAACGAUUCUAAUCAAUUUAAUAUUUAAUUGCUGCUAACAAUUUACAUUCAAUUACUACUCUUGAUUAUUAAUGAAAAUCUAAGUCUCAUUUUUAAAUGAUAAUUGUGAUUAUUUGAUUAACAGUAUCGAUGUAAUUAUUUAAUCAAAUCAAAUGAAUGAUGUUUAACAACAAUUUAUAAAAUCUAAAUUGUAAAACUAUCAAAUAAUGUAAA